GGGUAUUUAUUGGAGAGGAAGCUUAGCGCAGCAAACAAAAACCGGAAGAAAAAAAGAAGAAGAAGAAGAAGAAGAAGAACAAAACAUUAGAGUAAAACGAAGAAGCUGAAGAAAACAUUACAAAUCCAGCGUUUUCAAUUGAAAACAGAGAGGGAAAAGAAGAGAAACAUAGAGAUUUGAGGGUGUUCAUAUCAGCAAAAAGUUUUGCAUUGCAACGAACUAAAAGCCACACAAUAGCACCUGAGAACUCUAAGCACUUUUGAGUACUGCAGAUUGAUUGAAGGAAGUCGUACGGAUUGCUUGAGCUGAAGCCUUAGAUAAAUCAUGGUGAACGCCAUCAAAGGAUUGUACAUAUCAUGUGAUGUACCCAUGGCACAGUUCAUUAUCAAUAUGAAUGCUGCAUUGCCCCAGUCACAAAAGUUCAUAAUACAGGUCUUGGACAAUACACAUCUCUUUGUACGAUCUGAUGUUGCUGGAAUGAUCCGUAGUGCUAUUGCAGAAUUUAGAGAGGCAAAUACCUAUGAGAAGCCUGCUUAGGCUGUUUGAUAAAGUCUUUCUGGAAUAAACCUUGGACCGUGCACCUUUUUUUCCCUUGAUUCAAAGAAUUGAACCUUUGCCCUGUGCUUGAGUACAAUCUUUUGUGGAGUUACUAUGGGGAAAAGAAAGAUCCAAGAUUUAAAAAAAAAAAAAAAAAACAAAUAGUCAUCUCUGUGACAUCUACGAAGCAAUUGAUGGACGACAUUUGCAGCUCCAGCUUUCAUUGGUUCUGCUUCUGAUUUUGUCUAAGGUGCGAGUUAAAUUAAAUUCUGUGUCUGAAUAUUUUUUUUUACUGUUUUCUGAACAUGUUGCUAUAUAUUUCUCACAUGUUCUCCCUGUGAUAAGAUCUUUGUAUUGAAGAGAUAAUUGGAUUUUCUGUUGUGUUCUAUCAGUUGUAAAGCAAAUUGGACCAAGGUGUAGUGACUUCUUAUCA